AGGUAAGAUAAAGUUCAUUCUGGGUUUCCGUACCUACCUUAUGAAAGCUAAGGUUAGUUUGCUAACUUUGCAUGCCGACAUUGAGGACAUUUACGAUAACCAUCGCUUUUUAAAAUAAAAGCAUCCUCAUCAUGGUGUCUGGGAAGCGGCUGGCUGACAUCGGCUAUCGGGCUUUUUCCGGCUCGAUGAUGCUGCUGACAGCAUAUGGAGGGUAUCUGUGUGCACUGCGAGGAUACAACUACCUGCAGAAGCAAAAACAGCUGAAACUGGCAGCAGAAAACCAGGAUCCUGAAGUCAUCAAAGACUGAUGUCAGAUGGACUGCUGUUCUUUUUGCACAGAUGUGGACAUUUCCCAUUCCCCCUCUUUUUUUGUCAAUCGCUAAAUCAUGAAGAUGUUUAUUCUUCUCAGGACAUUGUGAUGUGUGACUUCAUUGUGAGGGUACUGUGCCCUCACAAGGAAGAUGUUUUGUUUAUAAAAGGCAAAUAAGAACAUAUUUGCAUCAAUGGCCUGAGUAAAACCCAUGUUGUGAGUGGCACUGUUUCAGGAGUAACUGCAAUUAAUUGGCUGUAAUUGUUUGUAUUAUAUUAAAUGCCUUUAACCACA